AGCAGAAGAAGAAGAUAGCGCGUUUCCGGUACUAGCAGAGCUCUGCUAUUGUUGCUCUACGUGCUGGUUUUCUAAAUUCAUUCCGUUUGGUUGAUGAAAUCCCAAUAAACUGCAGACAUACAUAUAUCUAUCGACUUUGAGGGGAAUUGCCUCCUAAAAGGUCCAAUAUUUGGAUCCUAUUAGCCCCGCAUGUUGGUUUGUAGCGGUUUGCUCCGACAUAAGCCGCCAUGGACGUCCCUACCCCCCCUGAAGACCAAGAGCUAAGGAACGUGAUCGACAAGCUGGCCCAGUUUGUUGCUCGAAAUGGACCGGAGUUUGAAAAGAUGACGAUGGAAAAGCAGAAGGACAAUCCCAAAUUCUCCUUCCUGUUUGGGGGAGAACAUUUCGGCUACUACAAGUGCAGGCUUGCUAUGGAGCAACAGCAGCAUAUGUUUAACCCUGGAAGCAAAGACCUGCUGGACAUUCCGCCUCCUCCAUCGAUGCAGCUGGUUCCUCCUCCUCCGGUUGCUCUGUCAGCUUCGCCCUCUAUAGAUGAACUCAUCCAGCAAAGCCAGUGGAAUCUGCAGCAACAAGAGCAGCACCUCUACACUCUCAGACAGGAGCAAGUGACGGCCGCCAUCGCCCUGGCAAUGGAGCAGCAGAUUCAGAAGCUUCUGGUAGAAACUCAGCUGGACAUCACCGAGUUUGACAACCUGCUGCAGCCCAUCAUCGACACCUGCACUAAAGACGCCAUCUCUGCCGGUAAAAACUGGAUGUUCAACAACGCCAAGGGUCCACAGCAUUGUGAACUGAUGGCGUCGCAUCUCCGGAACCGCAUCACCAUCGACGGCGCACACUUCGAGCUCCGCCUGCACCUCAUCUAUUUAACCAACGAUGUUCUCCAUCACUGCCAGAGGAAACAGCAGAAGGAUUUGCUGACGGCGUUGCAGAAAGUGGUUGUCCCCAUCUACUGCACCAGUUUCCUCGCUGUAGAGGAAGAGAAGCAGCAGAAGAUCACUCGGUUGCUGCAGCUUUGGGAGAAGAACGGGUAUUUUGAUGAGGAAACCAUUCAGCAGCUGCAGAACCCGGCACUGGGCCUGGGACAGUACCAGGCGUCCCUGAUAACGGAGUAUGCUGCCGUGGUGCAGCCCAUCCAGCUGGCCUUCCAGCAACAGAUCCAGGCUUUAAAGACCCAACAUGAGAAGUUUGUUGUGAGUCUGAAGCAGCAGCAGACGGGUCCUGUAAGACCCGCAGCAGCCCCCUCUGAAGCUGAUAAACCUCCAUCCUUGGCGCCACCUGCUGGGGAAGUAAAGCCUCCUGUGAUUGGUCCUCCCUCAGCGGACUUUGAAGUUGCUCCCAGAUCACAGGACUCCAAAAACGCCAGUGGACCAUCGGAUAUUCCCGCCAACAAGCCUGCCUGGUUUGAAUCGCAGCACGUCGGACCCUGGAACCCCAACCAGCCGCCUCCCUUUGACCCGAACCAGCCCCCUCCUCCCUGCCCCCCCUGGAACAGCCAUGAGGGAAUGUGGAAUGAGCAGAGGGAGCCAGGGAACUGGAGCGGAGGUCCUCUGAGAGACGGGGGCCUGUGGAGUGGGCCAGGAGGCUCUGAGCCUGGCCCCCCAUCUUGGAACUCGUUUGACCAGCAGCCCCCGUGGGGGAAUCAGAGCGACCAGCCUCCAUGGGGUCAAAGAGAGCCCCCAUUUCCUCCACGGAUGCAGAGACCGCCCCAUUUCAGAGGACCAUUUGCGCCGCACCAGCAGCACCCCCCUUUUAAUCAGCCCCCACCGCCCCCGCACAACUUUGGCCGAUUCCCGCCCCGCUUCGUGCAGGACGACUUUACUCCCAGACAUCACUACGAAAGACCCCCGUACACGUCACACCGCUUCGACUACCCUCAGGGAGAAUUUCCCGGAGACAUGCCCGGGCCUCCCCUUCACCACCACCCCAAUCAGCGGAUGCCUCCACCAGCCAUCGGCGGCGAGCAUCCACCCUGGGGCGCGGGCCAGCACCAGGACUUUGGCCCGCCGCAGCACGGCUUCAAUGGCCACUCGCCUCAAAUGCGCCAUCGACAGCAUCCCGUCCAGGACGACCCAAGUCUGGUUCCCAACGUGCCCUACUUCGACCUGCCAGCCGGGCUCAUGGCUCCACUGGUCAAACUUGAGGACUGUGAUUACAAACCUUUGGACCCCAAGGAUAUCCGGUUACCCCCUCCGAUGCCCCCCAGCGAUCGGCUGCUAGCUGCUGUUGAGGCUUUCUACAGCCCUCCGUCACAUGACCGACCCAGGAACAGGUACAGACUCCAGCCCCUAACUGGGCUUAAUGGUUCUUAAUGAAUUUAGUUUGAA